AUUUAUUCCCCGAUUUUUAUACAUAUCCGUCCCAAACGCCAAUCUACCUAAGGUACCUGGUACCAGCACUGAAACUUAGUUGAAUUCAAGGUUCCAAGGUUGUGAAUCGUCAUAUGUCAUCCGCAUCCCUUUAGAAGCUCCAACCCACCAGCCCACCUGCACCGUACUGCCCCGCUCUUAAUUGACUUCACCUGCCCCUCAAGCUUUCAAGCUUAAGCUCAUUCACAUAUUCCGAAUACAACACUUCAAAGUUCAAACGAGUACUUCCAAAGUAGUUUAUUUUCUCUUCAUACAACUUUGUCUUCUCUGGUAUAGAAUAUCUGAUAAAUUGUUCAUUUGCGAUAGUCCAUUACUACUUCAUAAUUCCCGCAACUUAGGCUAAGUGCAACUUUGACGUCUCUAUUCGUUAACGUCGACGUUAACGCUUCACUCAUUGCCUACCAUCGCUUCGGCAAUAUGGCUGCACUCAAGUUUGCGCCAUUCGCGUCUGAGAUCGAACUUCCCUUUUAUUCGGCCUUGUUUGCAUCAAAAUUAGACCAUGACAAACUCAGCGAUUCUGCACGACCAGUAUUGGGGCUUUACGAGCCUCGUCCCGGCACUACUCCAGACGACAGUGUGAGAAUGCAGAUCUUAGCCAGCGCACUUACUAGUAAUAAUGUGCCGUUGAAUGCUGUGAGGGCAGAAGGCAUCAUCAGAAACACAAACACGUUGGACGCUUUCAAGCAAGUAGACAAAGCCGAUAUGAUUAAUCAGGCUGCACGUCAGAUAUGGGAUGCGAUUAAAGAUGGAACCAUCUAUUCAGUUCCCUCACUCCUUUCCCAUUACAUCAUACUCUCUUAUGCAGAUCUCAAAAAGUACCGAAUGACGUACUGGUUUGGAUUUCCAACCCUGCAUUCUGAUCCACAAUGGAAACGAACCGGAGACAUUCUUCAUUUUACCCCAGAUGAAGCAACUGCCCUAGUCGAUCGAGUGGGAACCUGGCGAUACACCAUUGACCCCAGAGAGCAUGGAUUUUUCCUCGCAAAAAAGAUUCACGGCAGAAAAGCGACUCACGUUCAACUCCCUUCCGAUCCUGCGACGGACGAGAUCGGGUAUAGGUGGGAAGUUGGUUCCCUUCGCGAAUUUGAGGCUGGUUUCUUUCGUGGCGUCUCUGAAGAAAACAAAUACGUAGCAUUUGUAGACCCAUCUACAUACGAGGAGCAUCCAGCAUGGCCUCUCAGGAAUCUUUUAGUAUUGGUGAGGCAGCGAUUUCACCUAACCAACGUCCAGAUUCUCUGCUACCGGGAUAUUCAAUCGCGCAGACACGAAGCUCGCAGUAUAGUUCUACCGCUUGCCAUGGAUCCAGUUGAGAGCCUUGAAACAACAGAGAUGCCAAAGGCUACCGGCUGGGAGCGAAAUCCGGCUGGAAAACUGAUGGCGAGGUCCGUCAGUCUAGCAGAAUCCAUGGACCCUACACGUUUAGCCGACCAGUCGGUAGAUCUCAACCUGAAAUUGAUGAAGUGGCGGAUUUCCCCGGAUCUCAACCUCGAUAUAAUCAAAAAUACCAAAUGCCUUCUCCUGGGGGCAGGUACGCUUGGUAGCUAUAUUUCAAGAAAUCUAAUGGGGUGGGGUGUUCGCAAGAUUACCUUUGUCGACUAUGGAGCGGUAUCCUUCUCGAAUCCGGUGAGACAGCCGUUAUUUACUUAUAAUGACUGUCUGAAAGGAGGUGCUCCAAAGGCGACUCGGGCAGCGGAGGUACUUAAGGAGAUUUAUCCGGGCGUCGAUAGUGAGGGCCAUGUUCUUUCGGUCCCGAUGCUGGGUCACCCCAUAGUAGAGAAAACACAGGGCGAUUUCGAGAAACUGAAGUCUCUGAUAGAUGAGCACGACGCAAUAUUCCUCCUAAUGGAUAGCAGGGAAUCGAGAUGGCUCCCUACGGUGAUGGGUAAGGCAGCAGGAAAGAUCGUCAUGAACGCGGCCCUUGGGUUCGAUACCUACGUAGUCAUGAGGCAUGGUGCGGAACCAGCAGAUGGCAGCGAGGAGACACUAGGGUGUUAUUUUUGCAACGAUGUGGUAGCACCAGGAGAUUCACAAAAAGACUUGACUCUCGACCAACAGUGCACGGUCACGCGACCCGGCAUCGCUGCGAUUGCGUCAGCUCUUCUCGUCGAGCUUCUAACAAGUCUUCUACAGCACCCACUCGGCCAUCACGCGCCCGCGCCCGCAAGCGGUGCUCCGUCGGGAACCUUUGAAAGCGACCCUAAGGAUGAGUAUGCCCUUGGCAUAGUACCGCACCAAAUUCGUGGAUUUUUGAACAGGUUCCAGAAUCUUAUCAUUAAAGGUCAUUCAUACCCAUGUUGCAGCGCAUGCAGCAAGCCAAUCAUUUCAGCAUACAGGACUCAGGGAUGGGAUUUUGUAAAGCGUGCUCUUGAAGAUAAGGAGUACGUGGCUGAGCUAAGCGGCUUGGCCGAAGUUCAAAGGAAGGCCGAAGCAAUGGCUAAUGAAGUGGAUUGGGAAGAGGAUGAGGAGGGAGAGAAGGAAGGAGAUGACGAAGGAGUUCUCGUAUAGAGCCUUCUCCCUCACAUUCACCACGAUCGCCGCAGACGUUUAAGAAAGACACGUGCUAAUCGCUUCGAGCUCUGGAAGUGACCGCGGUGGUCCAAAGUCAGUUGGAUUGAUAGGUCGACAACACUGAGCAACUCGCAGAAGCCAUCGAUUCGUGUGAUACCCCACAUAAUUCCACGCGACACGUCUAAGGAGGUAAAAAUCUUCGGCCCAAGGCAAAUGCAGCAGCAUACACGUUCGGAUGGCACGGUAGACACGAUCAUAUCCAUCGGAGAUAUUUUAAAGGGGGGCCGCCUUUGGUCUCAUGGGAGGUAUUGCUUUAUAAUUCACCGGGGAAAAAGAAGAACUUUAAUGUAGCUUAUGAUUCUGCUUAAUCCUAGAGGAGUAGGGCAAACAUGGUUUGAAAUACCGGAGUUAAGGAUAGGAAAGAAUCGAAGCAAUUCAAGUUGGGUUAGGUUGAUAACCUUGGGAAGUUUAGGUUGGGGGGCACCAUUAGACUAACUAAGAUGUUUCUACAAUUUUAUGAAGGAAUGCGAAUAUGACUAAAUGCACAGCAGCUGGUGUGGUAUGAUAACAGAACCAUAAUGAAAGAAAGCAUUUCGUAAAUGAGAGGAAUGCUUUUAAUCAAAUCACCAAGUUCUUCAA